AUGUCCGCAGGAACCAAUACGACCACCAACAUUAUACCCCGCUUCCGAGCCCGCGGGGUCCAAUCCCAAGGUCCUUCAGACAAGUUACACUAUCAAGACAUAGAAAAUGUCGCCCAACCCAUCUCAUACCCCCAGGUCAGCGAAGAAGACAGUGACCCCCCCAGCCCUCCCCAUUACAAUCAUGACGAGAGUUCGGGCAAAGAAGUCGAAACGCCGGAUGAGGCACCCGUUCUACCGGAUGCCCCACUACAAACAAGGGUCUUCAAAAAACCCGAGGCAUAUCUGAAUCUGAUCUUCAAUCUAUUUGACAUUGGGCCGUGGAGAAUCGACCAACUUGGUGGGCAAACCCAAUUGGCCUUACCAGCUCCCAAUAUACCCUGCGGCCACAUUUGGCACAAACAAUUCAGGAGUUACGGCCGCACCAACACUGUUGCGACCCACUCACUGAUUCCCAGAACCCCCCUUUUAUUAGUCAAGGGUGCGAUUGAUCAAAUGGACAAUGAUUGGAAGGCCGCGUUCCUCCCGGCUGGUUACCUUGACAACAACCAUGACGACCUAGUACUUGUCAACAACCUCAUCCGAGAGCUGCUCAAAUAUGAGAAAAUUGAUUUGGCCAAACUCAUCAUGUUGGGGGCAAGGAAAGGACGCCAAACAAAAACAGAUGCCGUGCCAAGCCUUGACAGACUUGUUAUUCAAAGCCCCAUGAGGGUCCGAACUGGAUUCCUGCUCCUUCACAUGUACAUACAAAGGCAACAGGACCGCACUACCUCCAAAGUGAAAUCACCUUGGGAAGGGAUUGAUCGCCACCUCGAGAUAUUGCAAAGCAAAUCCCAAGACUACAAAGUGGCGUACAACAAGCAACUCUUCAACGGGAUCAAGACCGCCACCGACAUCGCCGGCGUUGAGGUAUCUCUCCCCUCUGAAGAGGAGGUGCAAGAGAUGUUGAUAUCCGGAGCCCAGGCUAUAUCCAAAGAGGAAAAUGAGGCAGACGGGGACCUCUUCUAA